UUGUGCGCCUGCGCGGAGAGGGGAAGAGCCAGGCCUUCGUUCUGCGCGUGCGUCGCGGUCAAGGUGGUGGCUGCCCGGCUUGGCUCUUCUUCGAUUUCGGCGCUUCUGGUUUCGUGAGCUCCCGCUUCAACCAUGUCUUACGGGCCGUUGGAGACUUACAGGCCCGGGGGCUUUCCGCCCCGGGAUUUCAACGCUAUCAUCCAGAUCUGCAGCACCAAUGUCCAGCGCCUGGCACAGAGCACAUCACAGAUAAAGAACUUGAUAAACCAGCUGGGAACCAAACAGGACUCCAGCAAACUGCAGGAAAACCUGCAACAGUUGCAGCACACAGCAAACCAACUCGCCAAAGAGACCAAUGAAUACCUGAAGGAAUUGGGUUCCUUACCACUCCCCUUAUCUACAUCAGAACAGCGCCAGCAGAAGCUUCAAAAGGAGCGCUUAAUGAAUGACUUUUCUGCGGCCUUAAAUAACUUCCAAGCAGUGCAGAGAAGAGUGUCAGAAAAAGAGAAGGAAACUGUCGCCCGGGCAAGAGCUGGUUCCCGACUCAGUGCAGAUGAGAGGAGCAGGGAAGAACAGUUGAUGUCAUUUGACAGCAAUGAAGAAUGGAACCAGAUGCAGUCUCAAGAAGAAUAUGAGGCAAUAACAGAACAAGACCUUGAACUAAUUAAAGAGAGAGAAACUGCCAUUAGAAAAAUAGAGGCAGAUAUCCUGGAUGUGAAUCAGAUAUUUAAAGAUUUGGCUAUGAUGAUCCAUGAUCAGGGAGACAUGAUUGAUAGCAUAGAAGCAAAUGUAGAAAAUGCAGAAGUCCACGUGGAAAAUGCCAAUGAUCAGUUACAGAGAGCUGCUUAUUAUCAGAAAAAAUCUCGUAAGAAGAUCUGCAUCCUGAUUAGUGGUCUGGCUGUGGUUGUUCUAAUCUUGGGAUUACUGAUCUGGUACACAGCAAAAUGAAAUGUUUUACAUGAAAUUGAAUUUGUUAUUGUUGCUUUUUCCCCACCAGAGAAAAAUGGGUAGACGGGCCUGUGGAAUAAGUUGAUUAUGAUGAGAUGGAACAGAAAUCUGGUUUUCCUCUAGUAGUUGUACUAUAUAGAAGCUAACAUGAAGAUAGGUAGUUUGUGGACUUAGUAAACCACAAAGGCAGUAUUUAUCAGCUAAUGUAAGGUUAUUUUAUGUAACUGAACUUAUCUUGUGAGGUAUUUUUUUGUUUAAUAUAUUGCCAUUUUGAAUGUAAACGCGUUAACAAGUGUGAUAAUCUAUAUGAUUUAAUGACAUAUGCACUACAGAUGUAACAUUUUUAAUAUGUACUUCCUUUUUACAAAUGAAUUGCAUAGGAAUAACUUUCAUGAAGGGCAAAAUCUCACCAACUCUCGUACAAAUCUCUUGUGAUCCAAAGUGCUGCUUAGGUCUGUGCUCAUUGGCAGUGGGCAUCUAUGUUUCUUUUAAAACAAUUCCUGGGCUACACCAUAAUAAUAGUGCAGGGAAUGUGUGAUAUUCCAUAUGUUACACUGCAAUAUCAGUUCCAGCAAAAA